AUGAUUUGUGACGAUGCGGACCGCACUGUAGCGCUAACGACAACGGGACGAGGGAACCCCUUCGAUAUUGAGGAAGUCCGCAACAUCGACGAGGACGCCAACCACGACAUCUCCAACGUAUUCUACGCUGCACAGCCGCCCUCCGCCCUUGCGGUUAACACCAAAGCGCAAAAGCCAAACACCGCCGCUGUGGGCGCGUGUCUGGCCGUCGACACCAUCUUUCGCUUCCACACCGAUUGGACGAUACCCUUCACACCUUUCGGAAUAGCCCUCCCAUCCUUCGGAUCUUCUACAUACAAGUCCCCAGAAAUGGCGAUGCAAUUCGUGCUACACGCCCCUCUCCUCCUAACGCCAUUCAAAGUCCCCCGAGAAGCUCGCGUUGUCGAACCUGAAGACUGGUAUUGGAAAUCCCCGAUGAUGGAGACUAGUGGAGGUUGCUGGGAGGCUCGUUUGGGAGGCGCAUAA